ACCUCCGCCCACUUGACGCGAUGACGCAGGGCAGGUUUGCGGACGUGGCGGCGGCGCACUGCACGAAAGGCGGAGACGUUGGUGGCGGCGGCGGCGGCGACAGUGGACCGGGACAGCCCAAAAAGGAGGCUCGGCCAUGACCUGGCGCAGGACGGCAGCGGCGGCGGUGGACCUGGUAGCCUCGUUGAGUACCCCCUGAUAACGGGACAGAUUUUGACAUUAUGGCAGGGAGGCAUCAGAAUCGUAGUUUUCCUCUUCCAGGAGUUCUUUCAAGUGCUCAAGUACAUGCAUUUGGAAAUUGUACAGACAAUGAUAUGUUGGAGGAGGAUGCUGAAGUGUAUGAGCUUCGAUCCAGAGGAAAAGAAAAAAUCCGAAGAAGUACAUCAAAAGAUAGACUUGAUGACAUUAUAGUAUUAACAAAAGAUAUACAGGAAGGAGACACUUUAAAUGCAAUAGCCCUUCAAUACUGUUGUACGGUAGCAGAUAUCAAGAGGGUUAACAAUCUCAUCAGUGAUCAAGACUUUUUUGCCCUUAGGUCUAUCAAAAUUCCAGUAAAAAAGUUCAGUUCAUUGACUGAAACACUUUAUCCUCCAAAAGGAAGACAGGUUUCACGUCCUUCAUCUGUUCAGUACCUUCCAGAACAACAGGAAGUUUUGUCAUCUAGUGAUUUUCUUUCUUCCAGUGAGUCAGCUGGUAGUUUUUUAAAAGAAGUAGACCGAGAUAUAGAACAAAUAGUAAAAUGUACAGACACCAAAAGAGAGAAUCUUAAUGAGGUGGUGUCUGCCUUGACAGCACAGCAGGUACGUUUUGAACCUGAUAACAGAAACAUUCAUCGUAAGGAUCCUUAUUAUGGAGCAGACUGGGGAAUAGGGUGGUGGACAGCUGUAGUGAUAAUGUUAAUAGUAGGCAUAAUAACACCAGUGUUUUAUUUGCUGUAUUAUGAAAUUUUAGCUAAGGUGGAUGUUAGUCAUCAUUCAACAGUGGAUUCUUCACAUUUGCAUUCAGGAGUCACACCCCCAUCACAACAGAGAGAAAUGGAAAAUGGAAUUGCUGCAACAAAAGGCAUCCCCUUUGGCCCACAAGAUGACCAUAAGCUAUAUAGUCAAGAUUCUCAGUUACCUGCUGCUCAACACAAAACAUAGCAGUUAGUUCAGUUACAGUGUUAGCGAUCACAUGUGCAUCUGGAAUGUGGUGAAUCAGUUAUAUACAAUAACCACUUCAAAGGCAGAAUUUAGGGAGAUUGAAGAUGCUUUGUUUUUCACCUUUUUUGUUGUUUUUUGGAGCCAUUUACAAAUGGAUUUAGUAUAACAUCCCUACAGUUGCUGUUGUUGAUACUGAAAGCAGUAAAUCUGUAUAUCUGUUUUAUCCAUAUUUAAAGCAGAAAUGAAUUUAAAUAUGUCUAGGAAGUUCUUGGAAAAUGCAUCAUUUUUCUUAUUCAAGACUGGUUAUGUUUAAAUGUUUUAAGUAAUUAUUUUUGGUUUGAGGUUAAUAUGAAAUUCAUUAAGCAGAAUAAUGAUAGCAUCAGAUGUCUGCAACUGAAGAAAAUUUAUUACUGUGAAUCAUCAAAAUAUUUAGUUGCAAAAAAGUUGUUUGAUUCUAAACUUAUUUGGUAGCACUUAAAAUUCCAUUUUGAAACUUAAAAAAACCCCCACAUUUAGUACAUAUGCUAUGAAUACAUAAGUAGAACUGAAAUGGGAAAGAAAAUACAAUGUUUGUAAUAGAGGCUGAGAUAUAUUAUUGUUUUUAAGCCCCCAAAAUAAUGUGUUACUGUUGGGAAGUUGCCAUUUGGUCACUAGAACACUGGAUUAUGUCAGGACCUAAAAGUUAUCUUUGUCUCUUAAAGAAUGCUGCCUCUACUUCUGUUUUUUUAAGUGAUUAUAUUUGCCUCUGAUAUUUGAAAGCACUUUUGUUGUUCUUUGAUGAAAAGUGUUAUACAUGUACAGAUUAGCAUUAUUUAGGAAAUAUUUCCUUACAUACUGUGAUAAGUUGUUGCUGUGUAAUAACAUGCCUUAAUUACAUUUAAUGCCUUAUAAUAUUACUUUCUGUAAACUAAUAUAACUUUUAGAAUUAAAAUUAAGCAUUAUUUCAGAUGGUCUGAUAGGAUUGAUAACAUAGGCUGUGUAAAUUUGUCUCCACCUUCACUAUCAAGCACAAGUUAAUGGGAUCAUAACAUUUUCAUUGUCUCUGAGGUCGGUUGCAGAAAAGCAAGGGUAAAGAGACCUUUUGUAUUAGCAGUAAUAGACAAAUUGUUUUGUAUUGUCAUCCCUUAACCUCUGUUUUUCAGAGAGGAAGUGUUCAGCUUAGAUCUUUUUUUCCCUGAACUAGAGCAUCCAACUUGAGAACAGAGGCCAAAGGUGUAUGGAUUGGUCAAAUGGGCUUGAUGGUGCCACUUUUUAAGAUCUACUGUGGAUCAGAAGAGUCUGGCUAAAUAAGCAUUUGCAUAUUGAUUCCAUCAGUUAAUUUUUAAAAGUGUGUGUUUUUAAAAUAUUAUCAAAAUAAUUCAUUAGAAGCAAGAUUUGGUGGAGUCUGGCUUGCCUGUUUGUGUGUAAUAAAGUUAUUUACCUGAAGAUACAUAAUACCACCUCAUUUUCUGGGCAUUAUUUCCUUUUAAUGUUUCAGCUUUUUGACCAGUUGUUUCAUAUUUCAAACUUCAGUCUUGAUACUAAGUGGGGUGAAUAAAUAUAUAUGCUUAAUGAGGCUUCAUGUACUUUUAGGAGCAAUGUAUCAUAGAAAGACAGGACAAAGAAAUCAAACAUUAAAGCCCUUGCAUAUAUUAGAGGGCCUUAGCUACCAAAAAGUGUUAAUAUGGAACUUUGCAGCAAAUUGACUUUUUGAGUAACUCUCUUGGUUUAAAAUUUUAAAAAUUGUUUUAAUAUGCUUGGGCAUCUUGAGAGAAGUAUGAUCUUUCUAAUUUAUGCUCAGUAUUAACUUGGUCAGUAUUUAUUAAGCCUGCUGAGAAUCAAGUUUUAGGGAAGAAAAUACAGAUUAUUUUAGCGUAGAAUGGACUAGAUGUCCUUUGAAGAACUUUGUUUACAUCAAACUGAUGAAAUUAGGGAGAGUCAAGGACUCCUUUUUGCUAGUGGUACUUUGAAAUUGUGAUAGAGAAGUCUGAUUUCCAAAAUGAGUAGUUUUUUAAGAAGUAGUGAGGUGUACUAUGUACUUGUUGAUUAAAAACCUUUUCUGUCUUGCAGGGUGUCCUAUUCCUUGAAGGAAGUAUAACACAUCCUUAUGACACAGUCAGGCAGUUUCCUUUGUCCAUAUAUUUGAAUUAUAUAUUUUUUCCUUAAUUCCUUAUAAUUUGAAUUAUAUAUUUCUAUAUAUGUGUUAUACAUAUAUAUAGAAUUCUAUAUGUUAUAUGUAUAAAAUUCUAGAUUCUAAUCCUUAAGUGUCAUUUGUAAAAGAAAAAUUUCCUAAGCAUUUGAUAUAGAAUAAUUUUAGCUUUUAAAAGUACUAAUACAUCAAAAUUUGUAGCAAAUGCAGAUUACUUUGUAAAACUUAAUAAAACAAGAAAAGUUAACAUUUGAUAUUGUGGCUUUUGUGUUGAAACCCUUAUUUGAAUUUACUUUGAGGCUUUACGUUAGAAGAUAUACACACAUACACACACAUACAUAUAUACAUGCAGAUGUAAAAGCAACAGAACUGUGAAUCACUGCAUUUGGUUUGCUUAAAAAGUUGGAGUUGCAAGUGAAGAAAAACCUGCUAUUUUUUUAAAAAGGCAGGUUCUUCUUUGUUAAAGUCUGGGUACAAAUGGUUAAGGUUGUUUCAAACUAAUGGAUGCCAUUUAAAUAUUUUUUGACAUCAUAUUCAUAGAAAAUUAUGGGAUUCGUGUCCUUGAAAGAUAUAUUAAGAUCAGUUAUAGAGAGUCUGGUGGCCACAUUAAGAAUUAGAAGACAGUAAUGUUAAAUUAAGUUCUCCAAAGACUUUUUGUUUUUUAAAGCUUGUCUUUUUCUGAACUCUACUUACUUGUUCAAUGGCCUGAAGAGUUCUUUAAAUGAACCACUGUUUAGUCAUUAGUUCUUUUUAAAGGUAUCUACUACUAAAAUUACUACUUAACAUUGUGAAACAAGGAUCCAAAGUGUUACGGGGUAAAGAUGGAGUUUUUAGGAGUCUGUAUUUAAAUGGUCCGUUAUGAUGGGAAUCAUUCUUUGAAUUACAGCAUUGCUCAGGAAAUCAGUAUUUUUCUUCCAAGUAUGUGCACAUUGCACUGUUAGAUCAUAGAAAUCUGAAUGCUUUAAUUUUUAUGUAUGCAAAUUAUGUAAAACUUUUGUAUAAUGUAUUUUAUACAAAUGCACAUGGAAUUGUAGAAUAUCAUGUUAGCAUGUACAUCUGUAAAACUGGUUUUUAAAACUUUUUGCCCCAUAUUUUUCAUAUUUUAAAAGCUCUGCAAAAUGUAAUAAAAGUUUCUAUUUUAUUAUUCUAU